AUGGUUGCUGCCUGGGGAGGAGAGGCGAGGCAAGAUGAGCAGACCGACUCGGUGAAGUUGAUAACAGAUCAUACGCAGAAGGGCAUGGCGUACUUGGUCACGAGUUCAAUCGGUACGAUUCCUUGUAUGCAGAUUGCAGACAAGAAAUUGUCUAUUCACACCGAAAAGAUAAACAUGACACCCCUUCCGGCCGCAAGACUCGAGUGCAAAUUGAAAUUUCGCGCCAACUCCAAGACGCCGAAGCCGAAGCACAUUCACACUUAA